AUGCCCGUUGUCUACAAGGCUAACAAGAACUCGUGGAUGACUUAUUUGUUUUUCGAAGACUGGUUUCAUCAUACGUUUGUUCCUGAGGUACGCGAAUUACUAGAAUCCAAGGGACUUCCCAAAAAAGCCCUAUUGGUCUUGGAUAACGCCCCGUGUCAUCCUAAAGACAAUGAGAUGAAAAGUGAUGAUGGAAUGAUAACCGUUAUGUGUCUUCCACCUAACUGUACCGCGAUUCUCCAACCAAUGGACCAAAACCUUAUUAACUUAACAAAAGUCUAUUACAAAAAAAGUCUUUUGGAGCAUUUAAUAGGCAAUAAAACCACUCAUCUGGAAGAAAAAAUAAAGGAAUUCAACUUAAGACAUGCUAUCUGUCUCCUUGCAAGUUCAUGGGAAAAAGUGUCAGCAAGCUCCAUUCGCAAGUGCUGGAAUAUGUUAAUGAAACCAGAUGCUGAGUGGAGUGAAGAGGACGAUAUUCCUCUCAGCAUUCUAAAAAGAGAAAUUGAAAAUAAACGCGCAAUCCUUGUAUCAAUGCUCCAAGAACUUACACCAAAUGAUUCGUUCACAAAUGAAGAGCUAAAUGAAUGGAUGCACGAAAGUGCUGCUUAUCAAGAAGUGGAUAAAGAAGCCGUAGAAAUUGAAAAUUCUGAUGAUAGCGAAGCGGAUGUUAUUCCACAUCCUUAA